UCCACUGACAGAUUAGAGAUAAAGAGACGCUGUGGGUUAAAUAAGGGAGCACAUCUCUAUUCUGUUAUCAAUAAUCAGUUUGAGGACAACACGAUACAAACCCACAUUGUAAGUAGCCAAGAUGCCUGAACAAGGGCAAGAGAGGAAGUCCAAGAUCUCAGCCUCAAGAAAGCUUAUGCUAAAGAGUUUGAUGGUGGCAAAAGCCAAAGAAGAGCUGGAUCAGGAGAUGUUGGAUAAAGAGGAGGAGAAGCAGAGGUAUCUGAUGGAGAACAUUCCUCCUCUGCAGACACAGGGCAUGUCAUUCGCUGAGCUUCAGGAACUCUGUCAAGAGCUUCAUGCUAAGAUUGAUGUGGUGGAUGAGGAGCGCUAUGAUAUUGAAGCCAAAGUCUUACUGAAUAAGCGUGAGGUCAAAGACCUGAACAUUAAGGUUCUGGACCUGAGGGGGAAGUUCAAGCGUCCCACCCUGAGGAGGGUGAGGGUUUCUGCAGAUGCCAUUCUCAGAUCUCUCUUAGGCUCAAAGCACAAAGUCUCAAUGGACCUACGAGCCAACCUCAAAUCUGUAAAGAAAGAGGAUACUGAGAAGAAGAGGCCAGUUGAGGACAGUGACUGGAGGAAGAACGUGGAGGCCAUGUCUGGUAUGGAGGGAAGAAAGAAGAUGUUUGAUGCGGCAAAAGGCCCCACCCCGUGAAACCUUGUCUAGUAAAGUUAACACACAAGAUUAUGCAACUUGUUGUUUGGCAAGUAAAAAGGAUUAGGUUUAGAGCUACAUACUAAAUAUACUAUUAAAUACCAGAUAUACUGUUAUUUCAGAUGUCUCUGAUAUUGUAAUUUAUUGCAGCUGCUUCAUUGGUGCAAAUGAUUAUGCAACUUUCAUGUGGCCAAUAAGUAAAUAAUUACUAGCUUAGUUUAUCUUUUAUUAUGUCAAUAUUCAGUUAUUAGGAAGAGUCGUUGGAAGGUGUACCAGUGCAUUAUUAGGAUAAAUAAAUAGAAAUAUUUGUUGAUGUACAAGGAUCAUUAUAUGUUUAAUCUUUCCAAAAGUUUUCCAUGCUCAGUUUGGCAUGUUUUUUCUGAUAGUCUGGCUGCAAAUUAUUGUUUACAAAAGCUCAUAAUCCUGACUUUCAGUGCUAAAAUUAAACAUAAAAUGAAAAGCUCAAAAUGCUCAUCAAAACUGUAUGCAAUUGUACCUGCAAAAAAGUGUAUACUAAUACAGCCAGGAUAGUGUGAUAAUGUAAUUUUGCAUGCUGUUUAACAGUAAAGUCACUGGAGAAUUUAAA